GCUUAGACGCAGCCUCUCAGCAUUUCUCCGGAGCCUUGGCGAGCGUUCCUCGGAGCCUCCGCGAGGUUUUUCGGGUCUAAAGAGGAGAAACAGCUACAUUAAUUUAAGAAUGUCUUUUGAAAAACUGACUGUUGUGGUGUUGCUGAUCUUUGGCUUUGUCAGCCCAGGUAAACUCUGCAAGCUAUACCAUGUAUUAGAAGAUGAAUAUUUUUCAAUUGGCUGUCCUGCUGUAAAACAAGAUAAAGGAUAUACUAUAACUUGGCAUAGAGAACAAAAAGAGAAGUCGAUGGAAAUUCAAGAAGACCACAGAAUUGAAAUGGAUGGGAGAUAUUUGCAAUUUUGGCCUGUUGCAUUGAAUGACACUGGGAAAUAUAAUUGUUGUCUCAGCAAUGGGACAGAAGUCAUCAGCUGUUACCAAUGGUCCCUAAACAUUAUCAAAAGGAAUAAAGAAAGUUGUUUCACGGCAGAUCAUGUGUUAACUGGGAUACCAGGAAUAGUUGGAAAAUCCUAUCUCUUUACAUGCAAUGAUGUCCUUCAUACUGCCAGUGUUUCCAACAUAACAUGGUACAAGAACUGCGAAAGGAUUGUGAGCCAGACAGAAGAAAAAUGGCAUAUCGAACAGUUAAAAGCUGAACAUAGUGGAAAAUACACAUGUGUGAAAUCACUUGUUCAUGGAGGAAGGACAUACAAUACUACAAUUACAAUAGACCUAAUAGUGAAUGGUGAUAAAGAACUCACAGGACCAGCACUAAUUGGAUCAGAUCGCAGUACUUCCAAAGCAGAAAUAGGUAAAGAAGUUUUACUGAACUGCACAGCUUUUCUGGGUUAUUCCAACGAUUCAGAUAAAUUCAGUUUUUACUGGCUUCACAAUGAUGACAUAAUAAAACCAUGUGGGAAUGACACAGAGAUCUCACUAUGCCAAAUGGAAGAACAUAAAUAUUAUGAAGAACCAGGAUACUAUGUCACAAAGAUCUUGCGGAUUAAAAGUGUUAAAGAGGAAGACAUGAAUUCAUCGUACAGCUGUAUUUUUUCCAAAGGAAGAUUAAUACGUCAGAUACAUACAUUGCUGAAAGAAAUUUCUAAUCCAGAUCUACCUGCCCAUGUCUUUACAACUGGACUUAUCAUGGCAAUAUUAUUUUCAUUUGCUGCUGUGUUUAUCGUGAUUCUGUCUGUGGUGUUCAGAAUUGAACUUGUGUUACUGUAUCGAGAGAUAACAGGGAAGGACGAAACUUUAGGAGAUGGAAAGCUGUAUGAUGCCUUUGUGUCUUACCUGAAAGACUCUGUACCGAUAUAUGGUGAAGAGAGAAAAUUUGCAUUGGAGAUAUUACCCAAAAUAUUAGAAGAGAAUUUUGGAUACAAGCUGUGCAUCUUUGAACGAGAUAUCUCCCCUGGAGGAGCUGUUAUUGAUGAUGUCCAGUCAUUUAUUGACAGGAGUCGAAGACUAAUCAUUAUACUGAGCAAGAAUUACAUUUCUGACCAAGUCAUGUUUGAACUUGAAAUGGGGCUCCACAAGGCUUUAGUUGAAAGAAAAAUUAAAGUAAUAUUAAUAGAAUAUAUGCCUGUAACUAAUUUCAAUUUCCUGCCCACGUCUUUGAAACUUCUUUCAUCCAGACAAGUGGUGAAAUGGAACAAAGAGAAAUCAUUGUCUUUAAAUUCUAGGUUUUGGAAGAAGCUCCGUUAUGCAAUGCCUGCUAAACCCCCCUUGAGAAAAACAUUGACUACUUCUGAAGAGCAGAAUCUUUUCAGGACAGAGCAUUAACAACUAGUGUGUUGUGCGCCAUAUCGGGAUUGUCUCUGACCACAGUGUUACCUCUAUUUUUCCUCAAACUACUAUCUUUUUCCUUUGAAAGGAAACAUGGUGGGGGGAGUAGGUGGGGGUGGGCACAAGUUUCCUCAUUGGCUGGUCCGUGGAACUCCCUGCUAUGGGAAACUCAGCCAAUUCCAUUGUACUUCUGUUGACAAAGUCCUUUUUGUUCAAGUAGACUUCUGAAAAUGGACUGCAGAAGAAGAUGCUGUGAACAUGUGGAUAUGGUUUCCUGUUGAUGUGUGUUUUCAAUGGCUUUUCAAGUGUGUUUAAAAUUUAAGAUCAGCUGGGGAAGCCCUGUUCUCGAUCCCACCUUCCUCGCAAGUGCACCUGGCAAGGACAAGAGACAGGGCUUUCUCAGUGGUGGCCCCUCUGCUGUGGAACUCCCUAGGGAUAUUAGAUUGGCCCCCUCUCUCCUUACCUUCUGAAAAAGAGUAAAAACUUGGCUUUUUGAAUAAGCGUUUGGAAGUGCAGUGGAAUAGGUAAUUAUGAAAUAGGAAGAAUGAACAUCGAAUAGCUGGACAAUCCUGCUGGAUAAUGAUUUUAACAGGACAACAGGUGAUUAUAUGUUUUUAAAUGGUUUAUAUAUGCUUUUUUGAUGUUGAGUUGAAUGUUUUAAACUGUAUUUUUAUGAAUGCAUAGCAGUAAAAUUGCUAUUUCUGUAAGUUGCCUUGAGUUGCCACAAGGCUGAGAAAGGCGGGCUACAAUUGCUGCAAAUAAAUAAACAAAUAAAAAACCAUUUGUUUGGUGUCUACUGUUAUAAUUUAUUAUGUUUUUAUCCUUUUUCUAAACUGUUCUGAACUGUGGAUUUUAAAUUUGCAUUUUAUUUGUAUGUUUUAAAUGUUGUACUAUGUAUUUUGGUAUAUGUGUUUUGGUUGUAUUGUACCCCAUCUUGAGCUGUGAGAAGAGGUGAAUAAUAAAUAAAAAAUAAAAUUA